UCAGCUUGUCAUUUUUUGUUUGUAACUUCCUAAUUCUAAUUUCUCUUAGUUACUUGGAGGUGGAAGUUGCAUAGAUUUGGCAAAUAAUACUAUAAUGUUAAAAUAUUUGUAAUAAAUAGUAAAAUGGCAUUUCUAGAGUGGCGUCGUUUUACAUUCUUUGACGUUCAUAGGAAUAUAGAUAAUGGCAAGAUAGCUGAAUGUCUUCAAGAUACAAAUGUAACAGUUGCCACGAGUGGUAACAACCAUGUAAUCCUGUGUGACGUGACUGGCUGGGCACAUCUGAUCUCUCGCUCUUGGGAGAUCACAUCAUUCAAGGCAUAUGAUUUGACGGUCAGUCUAGCCCAGCAGCUACCGCAUGAUCCAUAUUUGGUAACUAUUGGGGAAAAUGAAGCUGGUGUGACCCCUCUAAUUAAAGUAUGGGAUUGGUCACGUGUAGAUAGACAUGGCAAUCCACAGUGUGUGAGGACAUCACGAGCCGUGCCUUCACAUAUGUAUCCCACGCAAGCUACCGCAUUAGCUGUACAUGAUAAUAAGAAUCUCUUAGCCGUUGGCUUCCAAGAUGGCUCUGUGACCUUAUAUCGCGGAGACAUCGCGAGACAACGCAGUGGCAAGAUGAAGACAUUGCCGGAUACUGGAUCCAGUCCUAUAACGGGAUUGGCUUUCAAGGGGGCAGACAAGCUGUUCGUCGUGUCACGAGCGUGCGUGAUGGUGUGCUGGACGAGCAGCGAGCGUUGCACCGUACUGGACGCCAUGGGCGCCGCGCCCGCCUGCAGCGUGCUGGCCGACGGGCACCGCCUCACCGUCGCCACCACCGACGCCAUAUAUUGCUACACAACUGAAGGACGUGGUCCGUGCUACGCCCUCGAAGGAGAGAAACUUCGCCUCAACUGGUUCCGCAGUUACCUAGUCAUCACAACCAAUGAAACUUCAAACAAGGCAUCGAGCUCAACGAACACUCCUAAAUCACACCAUAUUACUAUAUUAGAUAUCCAAAACAAAUUCAUAGUAUUUUCCAAGUCCUUUGAAGAAAUCGAUGCAGUGUUAACAGAGUGGGGAUCGUUCUAUAUUUUGACGAAGAACAAAGAAAUGAUUUAUUUGGAGGAAAAAGAUCUGCAGUCGAAACUCUCGUUGCUGUUUAAGAAGAAUCUUUACGAUGUAGCGAUAAGGAUAGCGAGCAGUCAGCAUUAUGAUGCUGAAGGGUUAACGGAGAUUUAUAAGCAAUAUGGAGACCAUUUAUACAACAAGGGUGACUUAAAGUGUGCCAUAGACCAGUACGUCAAAACAAUUGGCUGGCUUGAAACUUCAUACGUCAUACGAAAAUAUCUCGAAUCGAGACACCUAGAGCCUCUCAUUCAAUACUUAGAAGAACUUCAUAAGAAGGGUUUCGCCACAGAAGACCACACGACACUCUUACUGACAUGCUAUGUGAAGAUAGACCAACACGAUCAUCAAGGGAAAUUGAAAGAGUUCAUAAAUUCGAAGGAUAAAGUUAUCGACUUUGAUGUGGAUGUCGCUAUUAAGGUCGUUCGACAAGUGAGUGUCGACGACGCUCUCUCACUCGCUGCAAACCACAAACGACACGACUGGUACCUAAGGAUGGUGAUAGAAGACAAGAAAGAAUUCAAACAAGCGUUAGACUAUAUUGCUGAGCUGGAAUUCGAUGAUGCAGACAUGUAUAUGAAAAAGUAUGGGCACAAGUUGAUUCAGCACGAACCCGAAGAGAGCACCAACUUACUGAAGUUGUUAUGCACGGACUAUAAACCUCGAAGCCGUCCAUUAGCCGAUGAGUCAUCACUCACUGGAAGGUUUAGAGAGCCAGACAGGUCGUUUCCGGACGAUUACGUUCAUAUGUUCCUGAGUAACUCGGAAAGGUUGAUAGAUUUCCUUGAGCAUAUGAUCGCUACGGACACUAAUUGUUCCAGCUUGGUGUAUAAUGCGUUGAUCGAACACUACAUUCAUGUAUGGGCUAAGUCUCCUGAAGCUGAGAAAAAAACAUACGAGCAGAAAGUCCUCGCAGUAUUAAAGGAUCCAGAUGCGGAUUACGAUAAAGAUCAAACUCUUAUAAUAUGCCAAAUGUUGGGUUUCAAGACUGGCAUUCUCCAUCUGUACGAGGAGAAGAAACUAUGGCGAUCCCAAGUGGCGUUACACCUCCGCGACGGCCAGGCGGAGCUCGCGCUGAGCGUGUGCCGGCGGCGCGGCGCCGCGUGUCCGCGGCUGUGGCUCGACGUGCUGUGGGCGCCGCCGCCGCCCGCCUGCCUGCCCGAGCUGCUGCGCGUCGUGGACAGCGAAAAACUACUGUCUCCUAUUCUAGUCAUCGACUGCCUCGCUAGCACACCGACGUACACUCUCGGUGAUGUUCGCAAAUAUUUGAUGGAUGUUCUAAAAUCUGAAGACGAAGUAAUAACCCGCGAACAAGAACUAGCUUCAAAAUACAAGAGCGAAAUCGAGAAGAUGAAAGCACAAAUCCAAACCAUCCAGAACGAGGCAGUCAUCUUCCAGAGUUCGAGAUGUGCCGCUUGUAAUAGACCCUUGGAACUGCCUACCGUACAUUUCCUGUGUCAACACUCCUUCCACCAAGAUUGUUUUCAAACGUACUCGGAGUCUGAGCGCGAGUGUCCGUCGUGCGCCAGCUCUGCCCCCCCACCUCGCGCCCCUCCAGCCGGCGCGGAGUUAUUGCACUCAAGACUACUCGCUGACCACGAUCCCUUUGCCGUGGUAUCAGAGUACUUUGGGCGAGGGCUAUUCAAUAAGGUAACGGUUGUGACGGAACCUCCGGAGCCCUCUCCAACCGCACCUGCACCAACGCCAACACCUGCUCCCGCACCCGCACCUGCGGUUGCCGCACAGUCUUAUGGGCCGGGUGCUGAGGCCAAGUUGAGACUGCAAGAAGGACAGAGCAAACAAGUAUUUGUAUCAAACACAGCAAAACAGGUAGCCCCGAAAGGCACAUCAGUGAUUCCAGUUCCAGAAGGCAGGAUGCGGCUAAUGGAGCAACAGCAAUACAGCUCUAGCCUGGAAGCUAACAUGACCAAAUUGGAACCACAAAAUCACACCAAAAAAUCCCCAUUCGCAUCCCCAAGUGUUGUCAGGAAAAAAGAAGAACCAAAGAUAUCAUCAACUAUCACCAACGAUAAUAGAAAUCCAUUUGAUGAAAAUUAUGAUGAAUCUAAAAACCCAUUUGCUGAUGAAACAAAGAAUGAUCCAACGAAUCCUUUUGGUGAUGAUGAGGAUUAUGACAAGAAUCUAAAUCCUUUUUCUUGAAUUAUCAAAUAGUUUCUUUUUUGGUAAUGCUUGGCUAGUGUUUGGCAAUGACAUAUGUGAUGUCGCCUUAUACAACACAUUCUUAUAUAGAAAUAUUCAUUUAAGCAAAGAUAAAGUAAGUUUAAACACUAUAUUUUAUUAUUAAUAUUAUAUUUUCUAGCGAGCAAGUUCUCUAAAUUAUAUUAUCAUAA